UUUUUGACAUAAGGUGAUGUCAGAACAUAUGCAGUGUACAAGGUGCACAGAAUAGUAAAAAAAUGACGUCUAAGAUAAAAAAACUCCUUUUUUUUACACAAAACCAAUUAAUUAUAUAAUUAUAUUCUUCCUUGUCGAGUGAAUUAGUUAGUUCUUUAAUUCUUAAGCGCGACAUUUUCGUGUUAUUAAUAAUUAUAACCAGGCGUUACGUUAGUGAACGAUUAAAACUUAUUAACCGCAACGUGUGUUUGAGAAAAAUCUUUUUGUUCGAGUUUUGUUCACGAUUGUAGCGAUUCUCUUUUGCGAUAAAUUUAUCUAUAAAACUCAUUUUGUGUUCUUUCAUUUCGCUUUUUUUCUUCUAAAAACUUAGUUUUGGACUUAUCAUUAGAUAGAUUUUUUAGCCUAUCAUAUGAAAUAAUAAUUGAUAUAUUCAAAAUUCUUGAAAAGAAAUAUUUGAUACAAUAUUACAAUGACACAUCCUUCAGUUCAAAGAACUGCUUACCAAAAUUCAUAUUACCCAGAAACACUUCCACAGCCCACCACUUCUUCCUCAUCUCGUCCAUCUCAACCGGCGCCACAAACAGCUCAAGCACUUCCUGGAACUUUUCCAACAGCUCGUAACGCAUAUCAUCCUCAACCCACAUUACAACAAUCUUCAGAACAGUCCUUGCCACAUUAUCAUCCACCAACGUCAGCGCAUCCUCAUCCACCACCUGCUCACCCUCCUACUUCGCCACCAUUAACGCCUUUUCCUCCGGAUAUGAAUGGUAGCGCACCUAGAACACGUCCAGAUGUCGCAAAUGGCUUACUUAAAAAAGAAAUGUAUGAAUAUAAAGCUCCAUGGCCUGUGUACGGUUUAGAUUGGUCCAAACGACCUGGCGAAAAAUCAUUUAGGCUUGCCCUGGGAAGUUUUCUUGAAGAAUUUUCCAAUAAGCUACAAAUUAUUACGCUUGCCGAGCUUGCUUAUGAUGAUUACGUUCGAACUCCUAAUACUGACUUUGUAAAAAUCGCUGAAGCAGAUCAUCAUUAUCCAAUUACUAAAGUAUUAUGGGAGCCAUUCAGGGGAGGUUUAAAUACUCCUGACUUAUUAGCAACAGCUGCUGACCACUUGCGAUUGUGGGAAAUUACGGAUGAAAUAAAUAAUGCAAGCAAUACAAUUGGCGCUAAUAGUCACACUGGAUUUAGACAAAAAAAAUUAAAUCACAAAUCAAUAUUAACUAAUACGAAAGCUGAUUUUAAUGCUCCACUUACAUCCUUUGAUUGGAAUGAAGUCGAUCCAACACUAGCAGUAACAUCAAGCAUUGAUACGACAUGCACAGUGUGGAAUGUUGAAACAAGACAAGCAAAGACGCAGCUUAUUGCUCAUGAUAAAGAAGUUUAUGAUGUAGCAUUUGCAACUAGCUCGACUGAUGUCUUUGCAAGUGUUGGUGCAGAUGGAAGUGUUAGAAUGUUCGAUUUGAGAGCACUAGAACAUUCUACAAUUAUAUACGAAACAGUAAUGCCACAUCCAUCACAAGUAAAUGCAUCUAACCAAACACAGUCUACUGCAUUGCUUAGGUUAUGUUUUAACAAAAUUGAGCCUCAAUAUUUGGCUACCUUCCAUAUGGAUUCUACUGAUGUUCAGAUACUAGAUGUAAGAGUUCCCGGUGUUCCCGUUGCAGAAUUAAGAGGCCAUUCAUCAACUGUUAAUUGCGUCAAUUGGGCACCAAACCAUAGAGGAUAUCUCUGUAGUGGUGGAGACGAUUCUCAAGUACUAGUUUGGGAUAUAAAUAAUAUGUCAAUGUCUCAUAAUAAUGUUAAUAGAUAUAACCAGGAUCCAAUCUUGGCUUAUAAAGCUGCUAAUGAAAUUUGUCAAUUAAGUUGGAGUUGCAAAUGUCCUGAUUGGGUAGCAAUUGGAUUUGGAAACACUGUACAAGCUCUGAGGGUAUAAGUGUGCUAUACUUGGUUUUUGGACAAAGUACAAGACUGGAUUUUUUCAAAUGUUUAUUAAGAAAAAUUUUACUUGGUAAUGAUAUUCUUGCCAAAGUUAAUAGAUUAACUCAUUCUUAUUUGAUAUAUAUUCAUUCAUAAAUAUAAAUUAUUUCGGUUAUAAUGAAAAAAAAAUUUUUUUUUUGAUUAAAUACUGGAACAAAAUUAACCAAUUUAAAG